GGUCCAUUCCGAGUAGAACCCGGAAAACGGUCGAAGACAGCCCCCAACCGCGCUGCGUUUGACUCGACGGGAACCGCCUGAAAGUAAAAAGUGACAGUGUUCCAAGAUGAGCGUUGCCAGGACACUUGGCGCAGGGGACGACGCCAGUCGGGGUCCCACCUACACAGUGCCGUGUGAUGACUACGUUCACGUAGUGGAGUUUAGCCCCUUCACGUCAGGCACGCCCGCCUCACUGCUGGCCUACGGCUGCAACCAGUACGUGGUGGUGGGCACCUGCCUCUUCCAGGAGGAAAACAUGAACAUGGAGGGAGUCGAGUUCAAUGUCCUCCGUGUGUUCCAUCACGAUUCACGAGUAGACACGCUUUCCUGGAGCCCGGAGUCCCGCCUGGACAGGAUUCCCACAAUCAGAUUUUGCACGGCCGCCCCCGACAGAAAAAUCUGCCUGUUGACGUCGGACCUUCAGGAUCGACACGAGGUCAAGGUGAUGGAGGGCCACAGCAGCUACGUUAACCAUUUGGUGUUUGAGCCCACCGAAGGGAAACAAAUCGCUUCCGUCAGCGAUGACCACACUUGCAGGGUGUGGGACCUGGAUGGAAAUGAGAGCGCCAUUUUCAGACUCCGCUCUCCUGGUAUCAGUGUGUGCUGGCACCCGGAGGAAGUCUUCAAGCUGAUGGUGGCGGAGAAGAAAGGCACCAUCCGCUUCUACGACCUGGUGAGCCAGCAGGCCAUCUUGUCGCUGGAUUGUGGCCAAUCGCCACUCAGCGCCGCCGACUGGUGCCUGGCCAACACCAUCAAAGUGGGCGCGGUGGCGGGCAGCGACUGGCUCAUCUGGGACAUCACCCGUUCCAGCUACCCCCAGGAAAAAAGGCCGGCGCAUCGAGAUAAAGCCCAGCAAUUCAAGUGGUCUCGAGCCCAAGAGAACCUUUUCGCGACCACCGGAUGUCCCGGAAAGGUCAGCAGUCAGCUGCUGAUCCACCAUCUCGGCCACCCGCAGCCGGUGACAGUGGGUUCAGUGCCGGUAGGCUCGGGCCUCAGCUGGCACCGCACGCUCCCGCUCUGCGUGAUCGGCGGCGACCGAAAACUUUGCUUCUGGGUGACGGAGAUGUAGCGUGUAGCACGUGUUCUCGCCUGUGCUGCUGUUCUUGUGCACUUUUUUUUUUUCUGACUCUGGUGUCAGCCUCACCUCAUCUCUCUUUCCCGUGAGCACUGACGUGGCAACUUCUCCGCCAAGGCUCUUCACACAGCAGAAUUUCCUCACACUCCACACGAGUGAGAUUUUAUUGCCUAGGCACAUUGUGGUUUUCUCCCCCGAGGUGUGCAACCCGCUUAAAACUUCCUAUAUCUUCUGCAUUUUUUCCAUCCCCCAGUGUCAUAACUCAUGGCGAUAUACGGUUAGCUCUCGGCCAGUCAGGUGCUUGGCAGAGUAUCAUCCGGCUGAGGCGCGGUGUGGUUAUCCAGGCGCUUGCACAUAACUCAGCCUGCACCGUUUUGGCCCGCUAAGUUGUGCCAAAAGAGCCGCAGUUCAAAGGCAAGGCCCCUGUGCCAACACCAGGCCGCCUCGCCCUCCAUCCAUCCAUCUUGCCGAUUUCCCGGCAUUCCCCACCCCGUGACACAUCCUGAAACGGAGAAAUUUGCUGCAUAUUUGCAAGAUCUCCUCCACGCGCUGUUAAGCAUAGAACCACCGCAGAGAGGCUAAAUCAUCCAUUGCCUUGUGUUCAAUGCAGGGGAAGUGUGUUGUUUUACCUUGAUGCGGGGAAAAAAAAAAACCCUGGGCCUUUCGGUGAACUGAGUAAUCCACAGUGUGCCAGUGACAGAAACCUGGGAGAUCCGAAUUUGUCGUUUACCUUUCUUGCAACGGUGUUCGCUUCCAGUUCAGAGGAACUCUUCAGAUUUGAAAUAAGUGUUUCUGCAAUCAUAUUGAAA